UUUUGCUCUCUCUCUCUCUCUCUCUCUCUCUCUCUCUAGAGACUCUGAACUCUCUCCUUGUUUGGUUUCUCUCCUUCCCUGCUCUGCCAAACACUUUCACUGUGCCAUUUCUUUUCUUUGAGGAAGAAAACACAAGCGAAAGAAAGUAAAUAGAGAAACACAAGCACACCAAGUCUCUCAGUUGCUUAUUCUUUGGCUUCUGGGUAAAAGGUUGUGUUUGGACUCGGCUGAUACUUCGUUUUAGACGCUCUACGCUCAAAAGGGGUUUUAGCUCUCAUUCUCUUUAACAAGGGUGGUUGGGUUGGUUGUUAAAUUUCUAUACGAAUUUUGGUUGCUAUUCUAUACUUUUUACUACAGAAAUGACUAGUAAUGAAAUGGUGUAUGCCAAAGAAGCGGGGAAAGAUGUGGACGAAACACUCAAUAUCAAUCUAAAUGAUGCACUACUUGAAGGGGAAGCCAAAGAGCAUCCUUUGUCUCACCCUGGGGAUCAGGAAGCUCAAAACCCAGUUGAAAAUGGGAAAAUGAGGGCUGAGGACAAGGAUGAUGUUACCGAAGAUGCAAUGGACUGCGCAGUUGUUCAAGUAGAAGAACAAAUCCCAGCUGAAAAGGUUGCAGAUGCUCCUGGUGCCAAAAGUCCUGAGACUUUUCAUAACAAGGAUGAAAAAGCUGUUAGCGAUAGUAAAAUCCAUGAAAAUGAAACUAGUGGUGGUAACAUCCAAGCCAAAGCCAAUGCCAAUGGAAUGCAUGGUGACCUUCAAGAUGUGAAAUUUAAUUCUGAGGAUAAUGCUGACAAUGGUGCCAAUGAAAUUAACAAUGACGCGGAUGUUAAAAAUGAGGAUAGUCAUAUCCAUCUCUUGAAUGAGAAGUCUUUACAUGAUGGGAAAGUUGAUGAUGAUAUGAAUGUGGAGGCAGUGAAAGAUGUGGUGACCAAGGUGGACUUGUCUCCACCACAGAUUAAAAAGGAGAUGCCAAAACCCAACUUGGAUGAAGAGUAUGAAGCCACCAUGAACACUCCAAACAAAUCAUUCCUUUUUGAACCUUCUUCAGCUGAGGGUUAUGAGUCUGGAACAGAAGAGGAGCAAGCUGCGUUUAUAAAGGAGGUUGAAACUUUUUAUAAAGAAAAUAACUUAGAAUUCAAGGCCCCAAAGUUCUACAAAGAAGAAUUGAAUUUGCUCAAGUUAUGGAAUGCAGUGGUCAAACUGGGAGGCUAUGAACAGGUGACUUCAUGCAAGUUAUGGCGGCAAGUGGGAGAAUCAUUCAGACCCCCAAAGACCUGCACUACUGUCUCGUGGACAUUCCGAAUUUUCUAUGAGAAGGCAUUACUUGAAUAUGAAAAGCAUAAAAUGCAUUGUGGGGAGCUCCCUUUUUCUGAUGCUUCCGUGACAGAGCCUAUUAGGGUUGAAAAUCAGGCACCAGGAAGUCAAGCUCCUGGAUCAGGUAGGGCACGAAGGGAUGCUGCAGCUCGUGCCAUGCAGGGAUGGCACUCCCAGCGUCUUCUUAAUAAUGGUCAGGUUUGUGAUCCAAUCAUCAAGGACAAGAACUUGAAUUCUACACCAAAGAGUGACAAGCAGCUAAAAUCUAAUGGUUUACUGAAGCGUAAAAAGCCAUCGAAUGUUGAGCGUGCUGUCCAUGUUCCUCACAUGAAAACAAUGAAACUGCAGGCGGAUACUAUGGUCAUUGACAUUGGACCUCCAGCUGAUUGGGUGAAGAUCAAUGUGCAAAGAACUAAUGACUGCUUUGAAAUAUAUGCUUUAGUUCCAGGGCUUUUGCGUGAGGAGGUGCAUGUUCAAUCUGAUCCAGCAGGACGGUUGAUUAUAUCUGGUCAACCAGAGCAACUGGAUAAUCCUUGGGGUGUCACACCCUUUAAAAAGGUUGUCAGCUUACCUUCAAGAAUUGAUCCACAUCAGACAUCUGCUGUGGUCACCCUGCAUGGGCAGUUGUUUGUGCGUGUCCCAUUUGAGCAGUCAGAUGUGUAGAACCCAGAGAUGGUUGUAACUUAAAGCACAGUUGGCCGUUAUUCCCUCCAUGUCAGAAAAAGCUAGUUUGGAGUAAAAUUUUGUAGUGUAAGGAGUUUAGUCAUUUCUCACAGUCGAAGCUUGAGACACUGGGUAUAUUUACAUUUUAGUCUUUUUCAUUCUGUAAUUAUAGUUUCUCACAACUAUCUCUAAACGUGUUUUUUUAUCAUUUGCUUUCAAUUGGAAGGAGGAUUUGGUAGGGAAUUAAAUACAUGCAAGUUCAACUAUACUAUUCUCAUGUAUUUUGAAAUAGCCAUUUGUUAUGUUCUAUCAGACAGCUGCUUUGUAAAUCAAAUUGGGCUAAGAAGUCUUUGCUUUGA